GGAAAAAAACGAGCCACAACAGAGCUGCAGCUGCCAUCAAAGGUCGGCUUGCCACCUGAAGCCAGCAGCUCGAAGAGGGCCUGCAGCUGCUGCCCAGGAGGUACUGAGAGUAGGGCCCCAGCACCCCACUGGAGGGGCCAGUUCCACGGAGGCCAGGCAUCAGCAACUGGAACGUAGAAAGGGCUCCUGGGCAAGAGCCAUGGCCCAGGCACCUCCCUGCUGGCUGUGGAUUCUAGGGACCCUGGCGGGGCUCUCAGCGACCCCAGCCUCCAAGCCCUGUCCGGAGAAGCACUACCUGGUCCAAGGAGAGCUGUGCUGCCAGAUGUGCAAGCCAGGGACUUUCCUCAUGAAGGACUGUGACAAGCAUGGUGAGUCUGCUCAGUGUGACCCGUGCAUCCAGGGGGCCUCCUUCUCACCAGACCACCAUUCGCGGCGCCACUGUGAGAGCUGUCGGCAUUGUAACUCUGGUCUUCUCAUUCGAAACUGCACCCUCACCACAAAUGCACAGUGUGCCUGCCCCAAGGGCUGGCAGUGCAGGGACAAGGAGUGUACAGAGUGUGACCCUCCUUCAAACCCUUUGCUGACACUGCCUCCACCGUCUUGGGCCCCGGACCCACACCCACACCCACACCCCACCCACUUACCUUACACCAAAAGGAUGCAGGAGCCCAGGACAGUUCUGCAGGUGCAGACGCUGGCUGACUUCAGGUGGCUGCCUGCCACAGCCCUCUCAACCCAUUGGCCAGCCCAAAGGCCCCUGUGCAGCUCAGAUUGCAUCCGCGUCUUUGUCAUUCUCUCUGGGAUGUUUCUUGCUUUCACCGUGAUGGGACCCUUGUUCUUCCAUCAACAAAGAAAAUGCAGACUAAACAAAGAAGAAAGUCCAGUGCUGCCGGCUGAGGCUUGCCUAUACAGCUGCCCCAGGGAGGAAGAGGGCGGCGCCAUCCCCAUUCAGGAAGAUUACCGAAAACCAGAACCUGCUUCCUACUCCUGAGCUUGCGCACCGAGAAGGCUGGGUGGGCGGGUCAUCACUACAAUAAAUUCUCCGCCUCCAUCCCACCCCAGCGGCCAUCCACAGGGACACAGAGACCUGGCACACACACACCCCCACACCCCGACCCCCACCUCCGCCCCCAAGCCGGGGUUUCAGUACCAUCCUGUCAUCAGGACUCUUUCCUGUGCGCAGACUUGAGAAAGUGCCUUUUGGAGACUGGCACCGACAAGGACGCAUGGGGGUGAGAUGGAGGGUGGGACGUGGGCCCCACCCCCACCCCAGUGUGUCCUGGCCCAGCCACCUUCACCCUUGCACUGCACUGGAAGGGUGGGGCCUUAGGUGGAGAACACACUUUCCCCUAGAACCACCACGUGCUCUAUCACCGACCUAAAAAUUUGGCACAAUAAAGUGACAGCCAACCACA